AUGUUGAAACGGAAGUUCGAACUCAAAUGGCGAAACCUUGUAAUCGUAAUUUUACAGGCACAUCCAUGGCUGACAGAUUCCGAUUGGGAACUACUCUGUCGAUUGAUGGCCUGCCAGAAACUGUCACUAGAAGCCAGCACACACGGCGCCCAGAAUGAGAGACUGCCGCUCCGUUUCAUAGUUCAGGGUUCUCUUCUUCGAGCAGCUCCGGCUGCGGACAUCUGUCGUCGGCUGCUUUUAUGUCUCUUAAAAUUACAACUCACAGACACACCUGAGCAGCAACAUGGUGCUGCCGGAAAAGUGGGAAUGUGCACCAUUUUCCCUUCGUUUGGAUCGCAUGCCCAGGAGAAGAACAUGAAAGGAAGAAGUGAGAAGAAAUUGAGAAAAAGAAUGAAUGAGGUGGGUUUUAGAGGCCUUGCAAUGGCGAAAGGACAAAAAUGCCCCCGGUAUGGGAGUUACUAA